AUGGUUCAGAUCAACGGUCAAGAAGUCGGUCAGAUUGGCUUCGGUCUCAUGGGCCUCACCUGGCGCGCCCAGCCUGCCCCCGAAGAACAAGCCUUCGAGGCGAUGCGCGCCGCUAUUGCCAAUGGCAACAUCUUCUGGAACGCCGGCGAGUUCUACGGACCACCAGAGUACAACAGCAUGAUCCUCCUCGAGCGCUACUUCGCAAAGUACCCCGAGGACGCCGACAAGGUCGUCCUCAGCGUCAAGGGCGGCGUCGACGUCAAGACCCUCAAGCCGGACGGCACGCCCGAGGGCAUCCGCCGCUCCCUGGACAACAUCAUCUCCCAACUCAAGGGCCGCAAGAAGGUCGACGUCUUCGAGUCCGCCCGCCGCGACGCCAGCGUCCCGAUAGACGUCACCUUCGGCGUCAUCCAGAAGGAGUACAUCGACACCGGCAAGGUUGGCGGCAUCUCCCUCUCGGAAGUCUCCGCCGCGACGAUCCACGAGGCUGUCAAGCACGCCAAGAUCGUGGGCGUCGAGGUCGAGCUCAGCCUCUUCUCGACCGAGGUCCUCUCCAACGGCGUCGCCGCCGCAUGCGCCGAGCACAACAUCCCGCUCAUCGCCUACUCGCCCAUCGGCCGCGGCCUGCUCACGGGCGAGAUCAAGAAGUUCGACGACCUGCCCGAGGGCGACUUCCGUCGCUUCCUGCCGCGCUUCCAGGCCGACAACUUCGACAUCAACCUCAAGCUCGUCAAGCAGGUCGAGGACCUGGCGGCCAAGAAGGGCGUCACGCCCGCGCAGCUCGCUAUCGGCUGGACGAUCGCGCUGUCCAAGAAGCCCGGCAUGCCGGAGAUCAUCCCGAUUCCGGGCGCCACAACGGCGGCAAGGGUCAAGGAGAACGCGAAGCUGGUGGAGUUCACUGACGCGGAGCUAGCAGAGAUUGACGCGACGCUGGCCAAGUUCGAGGUGGCCGGCUCGCGCUACCCUGCCGGCGCUCACGUCAACACAUAA